GACCACGUCAAAUAGGCGUGGUUUUAAUAAAGAUGGCGGUCAUUCAUUAUCUGGUACUAUUUUUCCUAUAUCAUUUUGUUUGCGGAUCCGAAGAAGUUUCUGCUCAAGACUCGAGCGAUAAAAAUUCUCCUAAGCUAUACACGAUUGAAGGAACAGCUGAAAUCACUGGUAAUCCCGAUACAAAGACGUGGAUAACAGAGGCAAAGGUAUUAGUAGAUGGUGGUCGUUACAUUGGGCACUUAAAGGCUUCAGGGGAUUUCAAAAUCCAUCAUAUACCACCUGGGUCAUACCUGGUAGAGCUAGUGCAUCCGAAUUACAUAUUUGAGGGAGUGCGUGUUGAUAUUAGCAGUAAAUCUGGCAAAAUAAGAGCAAGGAAGGUCAACCCCAUGAAGCCCGGCAGCGUCAUAAGUUUACCGUACCCGAUAAGAUUCACAACCAAAGGACAGGCUGGAUUCUUUGAAAAGAGAGAGGGAUGGAAUAUAAUGGACAUAGCUAAGAACCCAAUGGUCUUAUUUUUAGUGGCUCCUCUGUUACUUAUGUUGCUAUUACCAAGGCUAAUGAACAUGGCUGAUCCAAGUACUCAAAAGGAAAUGCAAGAGUCAAUGCAAAUGUUUCAGAAUCCGAGUAGCUCAAUGCCCUCAAUGGAAGAAAUGUUUACAAACUUUUUUGGAGGAGGAGGAGGAGGAGGAAAGAAGAGAGCGACAGGAACUAGUAAAAAGAAUAAAUAAAAAUAGAGGAGGGGGUCCAAGAACAUUAUUAGCACAUAGGGACCGGUGCUGAACUAAAACUAUAAAUGAUAAAAAUAAUUUAUUAAUAAUCAAAGUAAUAAUCAUACUUUUCAAAACCUUCUUUCGGUGUGGCUAACUUGUAUCUUAUUAAA